GGUGGGCGGACUGAGAGGGUUUUUCAGCAUGGACUGACGAGGAUAAUAGAAAUGUUGCAGGCGUGUUGCUGUUGUAGUCAGCCUGCAGGGCCGGUAGGACGACGGUCGCCAUCUCUGGGUAAACACUGUAACCGUAUCACGCAGUUGAUAUUGUAGUGUGUGGAUAGAAGCUGGAGCGUACAGUAGCGGUAGCAGAAGGCGGGGGCUAUGCUGCCUGCAACAGCCACAUCGGACACGAACGGCUUCGAUGCGGGACUGACGCUUUGUUUGUCUCCUGCACAUCGGACUGUCACCUCACAUUUUGGACCAGCCGUCGUGACCGCUUCUUCCUCUGUUUCUUCUUCUUCUCGCUAAUAUUUUAUCUCGCUCGUAAGCACCGGGGUAUGGGAAGUGCAAAAAUGGGAUUUUAACGUUGCAAACAGCGGACGCUCCAAAGCCUGCGCACAGCCAGGGGGACUGUAGUGCGCCUGGUAAUGUUUGCCAAGGAAUAAAACGGUGUAGCCGAAGGUGCGUAACAUCUCGUUUCCAUGGACAACACGUCCAUAAUAACACAGGUUGCAAAUCCGAAAGAGGAGGAGAGCAUUUCUUCAAGUCAAGAUAAAGUCUCCCAGUCCAACAGCAGCCUAAAGAAGCACCGGAGCCGGAGCAUUUUCAGCCCCUUCUUCUGCUGCUUCCGCAACUACAAUGACUACCACGUGGAGCCACCACCUGCCAACAACAAGACACUUUCUCUGCCCCCGCCCCCAGAGGAGAACGGCAGUCCUCCCAAGUGUGACCAGGUCCAGGUCAUCCCCAUACCCAGUCCUCCAGCCAAGUUCCUCCUGCCAGAGGUCAGCAUAGCAGACUAUGGCAAGAACUGCGUAGUGAUCGAUCUGGACGAAACCCUUGUACACAGCUCCUUCAAGCCCAUUAGCAAUGCGGACUUCAUUGUUCCGGUGGAGAUUGAUGGCACCGUUCAUCAGGUGUACGUGCUGAAGAGGCCUCAUGUGGACGAGUUCCUCCAGAAAAUGGGGGAGAUGUUUGAAUGUGUCCUCUUCACAGCAAGCUUAGCCAAGUAUGCUGACCCUGUGGCGGACCUGCUGGACCAAUGGGGGGUGUUUCGCGCCCGUCUCUUCAGGGAAUCCUGUGUUUUCCACAGAGGAAACUACGUCAAAGACCUCAGCCGACUGGGCCGAGAGCUCAGCAAAGUCAUCAUCAUAGACAACUCACCUGCCUCUUAUAUCUUCCACCCUGAGAAUGCAGUCCCAGUGCAGUCUUGGUUUGAUGAUAUGACAGACACGGAGCUUCUGGACCUCAUUCCCUUGUUUGAGGGUCUCAGUAAAGAGGAGGACGUUUACAGUCUGUUACAGAGCCUAAGGAACAGGUAGCAGACAGCCACUCCAGCUGAUCCCUCCUGCCUAAGCCCUGCUGAACAGAAGCCUCCCCUCUCUGCCACGGCCCCGUAGCCCGACUCCAGUCCUUCGAAGAGCUCUGGGAAGCUUCCCCAGUUGGAGGAUUUCAGGCAAAUGAUCUACUCUUGAUCAAAAUAAAACAACAGUAUGGAUUCUCUGGGUUCUUGGACUCUUUGUACAGGACUCUAGCUGAAAAAAGAUUCUAUUACUGUAUGUACAUAUUAAAUGUUUCUAAGCGCAAGACAAGCAUAAAGUAAUUUUUCUAUCAGAGAGAGGAGGUUUUACUAUUCCAAGUAUUUUAGUUACCGAAAAACGAUCAAAUACACAGAACAAAUUUUUCGAUUUUUGUUUCGUUUGUUUCUGAGAAUCGAUGACCUGUUGGGUUUUUGUGUUGAGCAGUGCUAUGCAGGCCGUCGUUCCUCGUUUAAUUUUUUUUUCGUUCUAACCAACUGUGAUUUAACUUCUCUUUACAGAAUGAAGUGCCUUCAUUACUGUGCUGAUUUUCUUGUGUCGGGUUAUGGGGUGAGCAUUUUUAUGCUGCAUAUUUAGUCAAUUCUCCAAAAGCGUAUUCACUGAAUCUUUAAAUUGAAGUUGAAAAUGAGUCUUUGAUAAUGUCAUUUAAUCCGAAAGAAGUGAAAUGAACACUUCCUGGAUUAGAGGGGAAAGAAAAGUAGCUUGUUAGUCCUGGAUGACUUUUGAUUUUCAGUUAUGUAGCAUUGAAUUGUUAAAUUUACCAAAGGUUUUUACAAUUCAAUGUGAUUUGUGACUAAACAACAUCAUUUGAUCCUCGGCAGUGACUGUAAAUUGAUGAUUCUUGAGGACAUUGAAACGCCGUUUAGGUAACUGAAGAAAAAAAAUAUAUCUGUGAUGACAUCACUGUCCACCAAUAAAUGUUUGAGGAAAAAAAAUAGAAAGAUUAGCUUAGAUAUAUAAAAUUAUAUUUAUUCGGGGAAAGGGUCCUGGGUGCAUUGUAAAGAAUGCUGUUGAAAUCGUACUGUACAACGUUAUUAAAGUUGCAAGUUUGCACACUGUC